AUGGUACCUGGAGGGCAGGAAUGGCAGGAGGUCACCAAAAAGAAGCAGAAGAACCGACAAAUCCAAGCAGUUGCUGCAGUUAGCCAGCCUGAUCCAACCAAGCUUAAGCCAGCCAAAGACAGCCCCAAAGAGGCAUGGAGAUUCCUAUUUCGCCGGGAGGGAGGCAAGGCUGCCCCAAGAUCAGAGAGAGAGGAUAUCAUUCUGGCCAUCAACCGAGCAGUAGCAAAGGCACACUUCCCAGCAUUCAUCCGGGUGGUGGAUGCAGGAUAUACCAACACUGGAGCGAUCACAAUCCUUUUGGAGAAAGGUACCCUAGGCUCUAUGCUCCUACCUGACUAUAAAGACCUAUUGGUCACCGCGGCUCGGCAGGUAGAUCCAGCAGUGAUAUCGGUCGAGCUACCAGAGCAAUGGUAUCGUGUCAAGGUCCAUGGGGUCCCAAUCAAACGUUAUCUCACCUGUGGCCUGGGUCUGGCCUGUGAAGAGAUUGAGCUGGGGACUGAAUACCAACUGAAGAGAAACCCAACAUGGCUCCGGAGCUCAAAAGAGCUACACAACAGCAACCAAAAGUGCUCAACUAUUGUUACAACAUCUGAGAUUGCGACUGUUGUUACUUUUCUUCUGAGUGAUGAUUCUGGCUUCGUUACAGGCUCUACCUGGGCUGUCGAUGGAGGAGCGAAUGCUUGA